AGAGAGAGAGAGACUCACAUGAGACAGAGCAGAUAAACCCCAGCCAGCAGUCUGUGUGCAGGACUUCUCUUCUCCUCCAGGUCUGCUCGGGAUCUUCAGGUCCAGGUGCGACACACACACGCCUCGCGAGCGCCGCGCGGUCCGGUGCAGCUGAGGAUGAUGAAGAUGAUGAAGAAGAUGAUGAUGAUGAAGACUCUGAUCGUUGUAUUGCUGCUGCACGCGACACGAGCAGUGUCAUCUCCAGCAGCCAAUAACAUCGAUGUGCUGAAGAUUCUGGACCUAUCAGAUUCCAUGGAGGGCGUGUCAUUGGAGGCGGGGCUGUGCACGAGUAGGCGGGGCUCAGAGGAGGUGGAUCUCGCUUAUAAGAUUGAGAAGAAAAUCCAAGUUAGUGUUCCGACCAAUCAGCUCUUCCCAGACUCGGCGUUCCCGGAGGACUUCUCGGUGCUGGUGACGGUUCGAGCGCGGCGCGGCGCUCAGUGUUUUCUGCUGUCGAUGUAUGACAGCGAGGGAGUGCAGCAGCUGGGCCUGGAGCUCGGACGCUCGCCCGUCUUCCUCUACGAGGACCACCACGGCCAGCCGACCCCUGACCUCUACCCCAUCUUCAAGAAGGUCAACCUCGCCGACGGCAAGUGGCACAGAGUGGCCUACAGCGUGGAAGGUCAAAAGGUCACGCUGUACCUGGACUGUCAGAAAGUAGCGACCCUUGACCUCCCCAGAGGCCCGGAGCCUAAGGUCAGCACGGACGGAGUGACAGUGUUCGGGACGAGACUCCUGGAUGAAGAAGUGUUUGAGGGUGAGAUCCAGCAGCUGUUAAUCGCUCCAGACCCCAGAGCUGCUGCUGAUUACUGCCACACCCACAUUCCUGACUGUGACUCCGCCCUCACCUACAACAGCCUAUCGCUGGACCCCGUGGAGGUCAAGAAGCCACCAAGGAAACCAAUCGAAGAGGAGUUUGACGAUGACCUUUACAAUGACCUUUACAGUGACCUGUCUGUGUCGACUGCCGGAGACAACGCCACCGAGUACGAGAUAGUGGAGUACGAGGACGCUGAGAACGAGACGGAGUAUUUUAAGGAGUACACUGAGUAUCAGGAGUAUGAGGACUAUGAGUAUCGUCCUGCAGAGAGACAGGAGCAGUUCUUCAGCGGUCAGGCUCUCGGUCCAGAGAAGGGGCAGAAGGGCGAGCCGGCACUGCUGGGAGAGGGGACGCUGUUCAUGGGACCCCCAGGCCUGCCUGGUGCUGAGGGGCCGCCGGGUGAACACGGCCCUAUGGGAUCCCCGGGGCCGAUCGGAGAUCCAGGAGACCUGGGCCCCGAGGGCCGACAAGGACUUGCAGGGGCUGAUGGGAUUCCUGGACCUCCAGGGAACUUGCUGAUGUUACCGUUUCAGUCUGGCGGUGACGCUCGUCACGGUCCCGUCAUAUCCGCUCAAGAAGCUCAAGCUCAAGCCAUCCUGCAGCACACUAAGCUCUCUCUGAAAGGCCCGCCGGGACCGUUAGGACUCACCGGACGCCCCGGACCUCUGGGAUCUUCGGGCCCGCGGGGUCUGAAGGGUGAUCAUGGGUUCACAGGACCUCCGGGUCCUCGUGGGCUUCUGGGGGCUCCGGGACUCAAUGGAAAACUAGGCAAGAGGGGUCGUGGAGGGAUCGACGGAGCCAGAGGUGAACCAGGAGAGACUGGAACUAAAGGUGACAGAGGGUUUGAUGGGUUACCGGGUCUGCCUGGAAACAAGGGUCACCGGGGAGAUCAAGGGAAGAAGGGGCCAGUCGGUCCUCCAGGAGGCCCUGGAGAAAAAGGUUCAGAGGGUCAGCCGGGGCCGAGAGGUCAGCCAGGAGAGCCUGGUCUAGCAGGGCUGACGGGUCAGAGGGGUCUUCUUGGUCCUCCAGGACAGCAGGGUAUUCGUGGGGUUGAUGGAGUUCAGGGUUCAAAGGGAAACAUGGGGCCGCCUGGAGAACCUGGAGCUCCAGGACAGCAGGGGAACCCGGGAUUCCAGGGUUUUCCCGGACCUCAGGGAGCAAUCGGAUUACCAGGAGAAAAGGGUCCUCAGGGGAAGAAGGGGAUAGGAGAAACUGGGGCUCCAGGGCAGAAAGGCAGCAAAGGAGACAAAGGAGAAUCAGGGCCUCCAGGACCAGUCGGCACUCAGGGGCCAGAGGGGCAGCCGGGAGUACCAGGUGUGGACGGUGAGCCCGGUCCUCCAGGACAGCAGGGCAUGUACGGACAGAAGGGAGACGAGGGCCUCAGAGGAUUCAAGGGCUCCAAGGGCCCCAUUGGGCUACAGGGGAUGCCCGGUCCUCCAGGAGAGAAAGGAGAGAGCGGGAACUCUGGUCUACUGGGUCCUCCUGGUCAGUUUGGGCCUAGAGGAGCUCAGGGACCCUCAGGUGGACAGGGUCCUCCUGGCCGUCCUGGAGUACGCGGUCAGCCUGGUGGAGUUGGUGAGAAGGGUGAAGAUGGAGAGUCUGGUGAUCCUGGACCUGUUGGUGUUCCUGGCAGUGCAGGCGAGAAAGGUGAGCAGGGUGAGAAAGGAGACACGGGACCACCCGGAGCUGCAGGUUCACCGGGAGCCAGAGGAGCAUCUGGAGAAGACGGAGCGAAGGGGAAUGCGGGUCCUAUUGGUUUUCCUGGAGAUAUGGGGGCUCCUGGAGAGCCAGGUGUUAACGGAAUCGACGGGACUCCUGGAUCUAAAGGAGAUAAUGGCGAUUCAGGCAAAUCUGGCCCUCCAGGACCCUCUGGAGAACCAGGACCACCAGGAAGACCAGGACGCAGGGGUCACUUGGGUCCUCCUGGAAAAGAGGGGCGGCCAGGGCUAAAAGGAGACAAGGGAGCUCCAGGAUACGAAGGCAUCAUGGGAAAGCAGGGGCCAGUGGGCGGUCAGGGGAACCCAGGGAAAGCAGGACUUCAGGGGCUUCCAGGAAUCCCUGGACCAGCGGGAGAACAAGGGCUGAAUGGACCCCCAGGUCAAACAGGACCCCCGGGGCCGAUGGGUCCCGCUGGACUGGCAGGACUGAAGGGAGAUCCGGGCAAGAAAGGAGAGAAAGGUCAUGGCGGUCUGAUCGGUUUGAUUGGGCCACCGGGUGAGUUCGGAGAGAAAGGUGAUCGAGGGUUC